GUCAAGACCACAUGGGAAGCUGAGGACAGUUUAAGACAAUACUGGAUAAGGACAUAUUAGAAAAAACUUCACUUUUCACUUAAGGAUUGUGCAAUUUGCGAGGAUGAAAUACCAGACUUUGCUUGCAUUUGUGGUGGUCUUAUUUUGUUUACUGCUGGUGCCUCAAGGUGGAGAGACUGCAGGGGGGAUUGUGUCUCUCCAUCACCCCCCAGAGGAAAGCAGGACGGGGGUACAGCUGUUAGACAAGUCCCCAGAUGAACCUCAGACUGACCAACUAAUGGACAUUGGUCUAGCAGACACACUUAAGACAGUCAGAGUAAGAAGAGCACCAGAAGAAGGCAAAAAGAAGAAAAAGGACAAGAAAAACAAAAACAAAGACCCCAACGCUACAAAAAAACCCAAAACAGAAAAGAAGGGCAAGAAGAAGGAAAAGACAACUACCACUCUUCCCCCGACGACAACAGCUAUUCCAACUGAGCCUCCCACACAGCCAGAACCCUACACUGACUACCCCUAUCCCGAUCCUGACAACGACUAUUGGAAACCAGAUGAUGACUACUGGGGGGCUGACACAACCCCGUCCCAACCACAGACCGAGGUCCCCAUUACAGAAGCCCCCAUUACAGAAGCCCCCAUCACAGAAGCCCCCAUCACAGAAGCCCCCAUCACAGAUGACUUCUGGAAGCCUGAUGACUACUGGAAACCUGACGAGCCUGAACCAGAGCAAACUGUGACUGAUGGAUAUGAUGACUACUGGAAACCUGACGAAACUGACCCCUAUGGCCCAGUGACGGACAGCUACGAUGAUUGGAAAGAGCCGGACCCGACCCUUCCCCCAGAUGUGGAUGGGAACACCGGCACAGAUGAUUACUGGGAUGCAAUUGAGAUCCCUGAUAAUUUCCCUGACCCAGAUGGCAAAGAAGUCAGCCCAGAAAUAAAAGUUGAAACUCUCACAGAAGAGCCCACUACCAUAGCUCCACAUGAGGGGACCUGGUAUGACGACUAUGAAGACUAUGGGAAAAAGGAGACAGACAGUGAGACAGACUCAAAAUGGAUGGAAAAAGAACGAGAGCGAGCGGAGAAGGAAAGAGAGAGAGAGGAGAAGGAACGAUCUAAGAAACUAAAGGAGGCAGAGGAACGUGCCAGGAACAGACCACGGAUCUACAAAGAGCCAAAAAUAUGUCCUCCAUUGGGCAUGGAGUCCCACAGGAUUGAACCAGAUCAGCUCUCUGCCUCCUCUGUGUCCCAGUACAGGUUCUCGCCCCAGAGGGCACGUCUCAACAUGCAGGCCUCCGAUGACGAGGACAGUAUGAGAGGUGGAGCAUGGUGUGCGAACUCCGAUGAUCGAACGCACUGGUUUGAGAUUGAUGCUCGAAGAGAAACAGAGUUCACUGGGGUCAUAACACAGGGAAGAGCCUCUAAUAAUGAGAGUGAUUUUGUGAUAUCAUACUUCAUCGCCUUCAGCAAUGACAGCAGAGAAUGGACCACUAUUCACGACGGAUAUGAUGACUGGUUAUUUUUUGCAAACAAUGAUAAGGACACUCCAGUAAUGAACCGAUUGGCUGAACCAGUUUUGGCUCGUUACAUCCGCAUCAUCCCUCAGAGCUGGAAUGGGUCACUGUGUAUGCGCCUGGAGGUCCUGGGUUGUCCCGUUCUGGAUCCAGCUGAAGUUCAGUACAGACAGAAUGAAGUUACUCCGGUGGAUUACCUUAAAUUCAAACACCACAGCUACUCAGACAUGGUUGUUCUGAUGAAAUCCGUUCAUGACGAGUGUCCAAACAUAACCAGCAUCUACAGUCUUGGUCGCAGCUCUAAUGGACUGGACAUGAUUGCCAUGAUCAUCUCUGGAAAUCCCACAGAACAUGAAGUAGGUGAGCCCGAGGUCCGGUUCACGGCAGGCCUCCAUGGAAAUGAGGCAGUGGGCAGAGAGCUGCUUCUGUUGUUGAUGCAGUUCCUGUGUAAAGAGUACAAGGACCGAAACCCAAGAGUACAGCGCCUAGUCGAGGGGAUUAGACUUCACCUGGUGCCCUCCCUCAACCCAGAUGGACAGGAGAAAGCUUUGAAACGGUCUGGAUCAGAACUGAGUGGCUGGACCACAGGUCACUUCACAGAGGAUGGUUUUGACAUUUUUGAGAACUUUCCAGAUUUGAACACAAUCUUAUGGGAUGCUGAAGACAAAGGCCUUGUGCCAAAACUGGUGCCAAACCAUCACAUACCAAUCCCAGAAAACGUGGAGGCCAACAGCUCAAUUGCAGUGGAGACCAGGGCCAUAAUCUCAUGGAUGAGAAGCUAUCCAUUUGUGCUGGGAGCAAACUUCCAGGGCGGGGAGUCAAUUGUGGCCUAUCCUUAUGACAACUUGCGCAUGAACAAACCUGCAGAGAACCAGAGAGCCCACAGCCGCAAGAAGAGACAGUAUGAGGAAGAAGACCAGUUUGAUGUGACAGAAUGGGGCAGAGGGUACCAGGAAGAGCCAGAGGAGGAGUGGAGGGGCAGAGGAUACGCAGAGCCAGAGGAGGAGUGGCGCGGGCACAGAUAUGACCACGGUUAUGAUCGUGGAUACGAACAUGAGCAUCGUGGAUAUGAGCAUGAGCGUGGGUAUGAGCAUGAGCGUGGAUACGAACAUGGAUACGAACCAAGCCAGGGGUACGGACACAGGGAAGAGGAGGAUGAGGAGAGGCGAAGAGGAGAUGGAGGAGGAGGGUAUGCAGAACCAGAAGAUGAGCCCAGAGCAACAGCAGAUGAGUCUCUGUUCAGAUGGCUAGCAGUUUCCUAUGCCUCCACUCACCUUACCAUGACACACAACUACCACGGGUCCUGCCACGGAGAUACAGCAGCUGGGGCGUAUGGCAUUGUCAACAGAGCCAAGUGGAAGCCUAUCACAGGAAGCAUGAAUGACUUCAGUUACCUACACACCAACUGUUUUGAGCUGUCCAUUUUCCUGGGCUGUGACAAGUUUCCACAUGAGAGUGAACUGAUGCGAGAGUGGGAGAAAAACAGAGAAGCAAUGCUCAUUUUUUUGGAGCAGGUACAUCGUGGAAUAAGGGGCAUUGUGAAGGAUGAGCAGGGCAACCCAAUAGGAAAUGCCUCAAUUUCAGUAGAAGGAGUAAACCAUGAUGUCACCACAGCUCCAUCAGGGGACUACUGGCGGCUGUUGAACCCAGGGGAAUAUCGCGUGACUGCCCGAGCAGAGGGCUUUUCUCCAAAGACUCAGCUGUGUGUGGUUGGAUACCAGCCUGGAGCAACAGCCUGUAGCUUCAACCUUGCCAAGUCCCACUGGGACCGCAUUAAACAGAUCAUGGCUCUUCAUGGAAAUAAACCAAUCCGCCUGGUCGGCAACACCAGAACCAGUGUGGUCCAUGGGAAUAGGGUCAAUGGGAACAGGCGUGUGGUUGUGAAUAGUGGUUCACGGCUGAACCCAGAACAGCAGAGGAGGAUCAGGAUAGCCCGUAUUCGUCGCCUUCGCAGACAGAGGUUACUGAGACUGAGAGCGACUACAACUACAUUACCUCCAACUACUACAACUACAGUUCCCACAACUCCUGAGACCACUACUUCCUGGUACGACUCAUGGAUGAUAGAGGGACAGUCUUCCACGCCUGGAGGGUUCACAGACUCCAUUCUGGAUUUUAACUAUGAGUACAAAAUUGAUGACUAUUAA